AUGGCCGGGAGAGCGUGGAGCUCCUUAUUCGACUACAAAACGGAAAAAUACAUUGAUACCAAAAAUAAGAGAAUCGGGGUUUUGCACAGACUUUUUCAGUUAUGUAUCAUCGGUUACAUAAUAGGGUGGGUUUUUGUAAUCAAGAAAGGCUACCAGGAGAUAGAUGAUGUCAUCCAGAGUUCUGUCAUAACCAAAGUGAAGGGAGCUUCAGUGACCAACACCAGUGAAUCUGGUGUGUUUGUGUGGGGACCUGAGGACUAUGUCAUCCCCCCACAGGGUGAAGAUGUUCUGUUUAUUGUAACCAGCUUCUUAGAGACACCAAACCAGAAGCUGGGUUACUGUGCUGAGAGCCCCAAAGUGCAUGAUGCCCACUGCCGUGUUGAUGAGGACUGUAAAAAGGGAGAGAUGGUGGUGGCUGGUAAUGGAGUAAUGAGCGGCCGAUGCUUAAGAAAGAACAAAAACUUCACUGGGUCCUGUGAAAUCUUCGGUUGGUGUCCAGCUGAAAGAAAGUUCAGACCACAAAAGCCUUUGCUAGCAACGGCUGAAAACUUCACCAUCUACAUCAAGAAUUUCAUCCAGUUUCCUAAAUUCUCCUUUUCAAAGUCCAACAUCCUUGAAACAACUGAUAUAUCCUACUUGAAGAGCUGCAGAUAUAAUGAGAAGCGUUACCCCUACUGCCCCAUCUUCCGCCUGGGAAACAUUACAAGAAGAGCUGGAUACAACUUUCAAGACAUGGCCUCACUUGGUGGAGCGAUUAGCAUAGCAAUACAGUGGGACUGUGACCUCGACAAAGCUACCUCUCACUGUAAUCCAGUGUACCAUUUCAGUCGCCUGGAUGCCACUGUCUCCAAAAAAAGCAUCGCUGCAGGAUUUAACUUCAGACGUGCAAGAUACUUUAAAAAUGCUGCUGGUGAAAGUUAUCGAUCUCUAUAUAAAGUCUAUGGCAUCCGAUUUCAUGUCCUGGUAUAUGGGAAGGCUGGAAAGUUCAGCAUAGUUCCCACAGUCAUCAAUAUUGCUUCAGGACUGGCUUUGAUUGGCGCUGAAACUUUCUUCUGUGACUUUGUCCUUCUCCACUUUACAAAGAAGAAGAAGUCUUACAGAGAACAGAAAUUUAAAGUCUCAAAGUCUCUGGUGUGCAGAAUCAGCACCAUGAUCACAGCUGGAAUGGAUGCUCACAACACUGAGGAACAUGUAGUCUAAUUUUAUUAAAGUGACAUUUAGCCAUUCAGUGUAACACAAGCUGUA